UCACACUGCUGCAAACAUGGCGUUCGUUGAUUUUUUGUUGUCGUUGUCUAAGAAAAUGCAGCUUAUUUUGCACUAAUAGUGUGUGAAAUGUGAAAUAAACUCAUUCAAGUGAAAGGCCCAAGGCAUGCAAAUUGAGCACCCGAUACCCACUAUCCUGCAUUGUAGCAAUCGUAUACAGGAGAGCAACGUUGCCACAGGACCAGGACUGGGUCUGGGGAUAUGGCUGCGGCUGCUGCAGCACCUGCGAACACAAACGCACCUGCACCACCAUCGGGCGUUAGCGCUGUCGCCACGGGCAUCGGGGCCAUUAGUGGCGCUCAGUUUCGCGAAAUACACAAGAAUACGUGGUUGAAAAGACUGACGGCCGAUGGCAAGAAGCUAACCGUUGGGCCCAAGAAAUCCGAGUGCAGCUGGGUGGUAUUCUGCGUGCACGAUGACACGGAGGCGCUACUCGAAGGAUAUGCAGAGCCGCGCCAGGCUGCCGGCCACAUGCCCGAGUGGGCGGUGUCAUUGCGGGAGACGCUGCACAUAUCGCACGCCCUGAUCCCCAAUUCGCACGAGUUUGAAUUUGUUGUAACGCUCAGCAAUGAAGUGUUGCGCUUUCAUGCCGUGUCAUGGGAGAUUAUGCAAGAAUGGGUGGAAACGCUGCGUUCGAAGCUACGCGAAAUGAAAAUUCUAUCGCCGCGUGAAAACCUCUACACAAAGUUACCUGAAGUGCGCGCCCCCUUGCUGCCCACACGGGAUCCAACAUCACCGCUGCCGCCGCCACCGCCAGUGCCGGCGGCCCUUGUGCCAGGCGUGGAGCGUGUGGUGGCUGCACACCAGCCGCAACAGCAGCAGCAGCAGCAGCAACAUCUUCUGCCAGCGAGUGAACCGGCAGCCCCGAGUCCUGCCACCACUGUGGCUCCCACUGCGGCAACUGCAGUGCCACCGGCCACAGCCAUGUCCAACACAUUGACCCAACAUUUGCUCAACAUGCUCUCCGAUCCGAUUAGCACCUACAGCGAGCAAAUAAGCGAGACGGCAACGACAGUGCCCGAGCAGCAGGAGCAGGAGGAAGCCACGGAGGAGUCCGCCCAGCAAUUGAACUGCAGCAGUGAUGCGGACGUGAACCUGUCGGAUGAUGAAUUUCUGUCUCCGCUACUGCGCAGGGCCUGCAUCCUCACGGACAAUGGCGUGCGGGUCGAUGUUGUGGCAGCCACAGCACAGCGCGCCUCAGCGGAUCAAAUCUUAAAUCUGGAACAUAUGCUGCAAUGUGAACGACUAAUUCCCCGGCCCCAAACAUCACGUUCCAUGUCCGCUGGAGCUGCUGAUAAAUCGAAAAGGAUGCCACGGAAGCCACUCGUCGUGUCUCAAGCGACCAGCAACAGCGCUCCAGGCAGCGAUGAACCUCAGGACAACAUCACAAUUAUUCAAGUCUCGAAUCCAAGUAACGGCCAGGAACAACCGCCCGAAUUGCCGCCCAAAAAUAACACUAUAAUAGCUGAGAUAUUCCGCUUUCCGGAAGUUGUUGGCGCUGCCAAAACGAAGGCGAAUCAGAAACAAAAACAACAGCAGCAACGUCCACAGCCGCUGCAGCAGCAAACUCAGCCACAACCGCAACACGAAUACAAAAGCAACGUACAAAUCAUUCCGUCCAAUGCCAGUACCAUUCAAGUGCUGGGCCAACAGCCCAGCAGCAGCAGCAGUAAUGCCUACACGACUCCAGUAAAACAAAAUGCUUCCAAUGCCACAAACCCACAGGCGGCGACUGGCAAUGCCAACACCACCAAGGUAAAGGUGAUGAGCGAUGGUGAGGCCACCACGGUGGCGGUGUACGGCACUUGCUAUCCGUCUCCAACUACAAUAGCAGCGCCAGCGCCAAGUGGGAGUACCGCCAGUGUUCCCGCCAAGCCCCAGACGACGCCCAAGCUCAGCAAGAAGAUAAUACUCAGCGCCAACACCUCGGGCAUCACGAACAUCAGCGUCAACAGUGAACAGAGCAGCGACUCGAUCAUCAGCGGCAACGUGCACUACGAGAAGGUGUUCCUCUCCUCCAGCAUACCCAUCAGCAGCGGGAGCAGCAGUAGUCCAACGAGAACACAGGACACAGAGCGUGCAGCGAACAGCUCCAAUGUGCAAACGCAAACUCCAAGCCAACCCACGCUUCCCAAUGGCAGUCCAGCACUGCCGCGUCGGCGCAUUGCCUCGCCUGCGGCCCAGCCCGCACCGAGCACUGGCCGCGCCAUGCCACAGCUGACGCGUGGCCUGACCGAGCUGGUCAUUAGUUCGCGGCCCAGUCGACGCGACUUUCAUUACCUAAAAAUGCUCAACACGCCGCUCAGGAGCAAGCCGUCGUCGAAAACAACGAGCGCGGCCAACAACAACAUCGAGCAGCAAGCAACGCCCAGCUCCAGUGGCAGUGCAGCGCCGCCUGCGCACCGUAGCAAUGCCGCUGCCAUAGCUGCCGACAGUCAAGAGCAGCGCAGGCGCAGCUCGUCCACUUCUGAUGCCCAGGCGCCGCUGCAGCGUAAUGCAGGGCCAGCCGGUGCCCAGCCGAACGCGCAACGAAACGAACGAAAUGCCAACAAUAAUGAGCAAUUUACACCAGGACGUGGCGGUUUUCGCAUGCAACCGCCGCCUCAGGGCGCUGCCUCGGCUGGCACGAAUCCGAACAGCGCGGGCAUGCAGCAGCAAUCGCCCAACAAGCGGCUAACGCUGCGCGAACAGCAGGUGAUGCAGCUGCGACGCGAGAUUAUGCACCCGGGUGGAGUGCGUCUGAAUCUGCGGCGCAAGGAUUGCGUGGGCUCCAUUGCCUGGGUGGAAGCUUUCGGGGGUGUAUGGAUUGCUGGUUGGAAGCAAAAAGAGCAUCCGGUGCUAUACAAUGCUCUUCACAUCGGCGAUCAGCUGUUGUCCAUCGCAGGCGUUAGCAUCAGCAGCGCCACGGAGGCCAAUAAGAUCAUAAGGAACACCAAUACGCUAUUUGUCGAAGUGCUGCUGCGUCGCAUUCCCUUUGGUCGUGCGUAUGCCAUACGCCGCGAUCGCGAGGGUCAGUGCCUGGGACUCAUACGUGAUGGCAAUACCUCAACGAUUGUGGAUGUGGUGCCCAACAGCUUGGCCGCGCGUCACGGACUGCCGCCCAAGACGCAAUCAUGCGAUGGCAACUCGCUAACCUUUUGGAUGCUCACGGAGAUCAAUGGACGGCCGCUGAAUUUGUUCUUCAAAGAUCUGGAGAUACGCGACCGCCUGAAUUCGGUGGGUCGCGACAUAUCCAUAUUGGUGCAGCCUUCGGAUUUGAUAACCAAGUUGAAGAAGCAGCUGAAGUCGCUGCGUGGCUACAAGGAUUAUCUAGUGCAGUAGUUGCUGCCUCGUUGGUGCAGUCAUUGCAUAUAAAAGUCCAAGAAUGUGUGGCGAUUUGAUAUAUUUGUAUAGCUGCUAAGAAGCAACUCGAAACUGUUAUAUGCUGUUAGACUUGAAUCACUUUUUAUUGUAUAUUGUAUAGCUCUGGGCCAGUAAUCAUUCCAACACCUAUACCCAUACCAUUCCAAUUGGAAGCUGAUAGUCAACCUCGUAUAUGUAGAAACAUUUUGAUAUGAAAAAGGACUACUUAAAGGACUAAACUUAGUACAGAACAAAAGGAAAACCUAUAUAUAUUUUUGCAAAUUUUUUAUAUAAACUCAUAUAUACACCACAUAUAUAUAUAUCAUAUACAAAUUGAUUAUCUAUAGUUAUAUAUAGACUAUAUACUCUAUAUGUAUAGCUGACACUUUGAAAAGUUACCAAAAUUUACAACUCGAUUACGUUUUUUGGAUGCCACAUUAUGAGAAAUUUACACCCAGUAUUUAAGCUAAUCAUUUUGAUAUACUUUUCGGUUCAGAUUCCAGAUAUUAUAUACAUAUAUAUAGAAUCUAGUACUAGAGAAAAACCUGUGUAACUUAGUAUCCUUAUGCAAUAUUAGAGUGCCUCUGAUUUUGUUUUGAAUUGAUUGAUUCGAUUGUUUAAUGUUUUCCUUCGUGCAUCAAACAUCUGCGUAACUUUUAAGAUGUGAUAAAAAAUGAGUACUCAAAUUUUAGGCAAUUUUUAAACGGUACAUGUAUUUGUUGUAAAUGCUUUUUGAUUUAUUUUAUAUUAUAUUAUAUAUCAUUA